GUCGCGUCAAGUAAAAAGAACGCUGACGGUUAAGCUGCGCAUUGGCGAUUUAUCGGUCUAUUUGGUGUUAUGAGGUGGUAUAAGAAUAACAAAUAGGUAGUUGAGAAGCCACGAUUCGCGAGCCUAGUUCAAAAAUAAAAUAAUCGGCACAUAGCUUACGUGCAAAACUCGAUCCAUGCGCAAACACACCCCAUCACUUUCAUCCAGCGUUCUUUUUACGUGACGCGUACUCUACCGGGUACGUCAGACGCGUGGCAAGCAGCCUAUGCGCUUACGUGGGCCAAGCACAUGCUUGCAAGCAUGCCAAUCAGUACAAACAUGGGUGACGAUAAAAUUAAAAACCAAAACUCAAUCUACAAAAUCAAUAAAAAGAAAAUUAAAUAUGAUAAGGAAUUAUAGUUCUAUUUUUUAACAUACACAAAUGUUUGUAAGCAAGUUAAGAAUUGAUUUUAUAUAUUUUUUAAUUUUGGUUUUCAACAGUUAUGACAUUCAAUGUUUACAAAAUGACCACUCCCAUGAAAAUUACGAAUCUCUUCUCAAUUCACUAAUAAAUCUGAACGAAGAACGAAUGAAAAAUAUAAACAGAAUGAUUCGAUUGAAUGAUAAUAAUUUUAACGGAUUUUUGAGGACCCUGUUGCAAGAUCAACCGCAAGAUUAUACAAUUGUUGUUGUUAAAGACAUAGACAAACACAAUUCCAAGGAAGAUAAAAAGCAAGCAGAUGAACUCCAACAAAAUCUGGUGAUACCAGACAGAGCAUUAAGAUUUGGUGACAGUUCGGAUUCCGAUUCCGAUUUCUCUAUUUUCCCCAAGGACAAGGAGCCUAAAGUAUACAGUGAUAACGAUACUAUACCGAUUCCUAGAGCUCGAAGGAGAUGUAUAUUUGCGUGUAAAAACGCGUAUAGGCGUGUAUGUCGAAAAUUUAAAUACGAAUGUUCAUCGAGAAUGCGGCGGUACUUCAAGGCGGAAUGUGACGAUGCGUGCGAAAAAAGGUUCUAG